CGAGUUGGAGCCUGGCUUUGAAAGGAGGUGUUCAACAACAUUUUUUUUUUUUUUUCUUGUUUAAAGAAGUUUACUUCUACGAGAGGAAAUCUGGAAAAUGACAGGAGCAAAAAGGAGAAAGAAAAGCGUGCUCUGGAGCAAGAUGCACACCCCCCAUUGUGAAGACAUAAAACAGUGGUGUAGAAGGCGGCUGCCUAUUUUGGAAUGGGCACCAUAUUACAAUCUGAAAGAAAACUUGCUUCCAGACACUGUGUCUGGGAUAAUGUUGGCAGUUCAACAGGUGACCCAAGGGUUGGCCUUUGCUCUUCUCUCAUCUGUGCACCCCGUAUUUGGUUUAUAUGGGUCUCUGUUUCCUGCCAUCAUUUAUGCCGCAUUUGGAAGGGGACGUCAUGUUGCCACAGGCACCUUUGCCUUGACAUCCUUAAUAUCAGCCAAUGCUGUGGAACGGCUUGUCCCUCAGAGCAUGCAGAACCUCUCCAUGCAGAGUAACACAAGUGUGCUGGGCUUAUCUGACUUUGAGAUGCAAAGGAUUGGUGUUGCUGCAGCAGUUUCCUUCUUGGGAGGUGUGAUUCAGGUGGCCAUGUUUGUGCUGCAGCUAGGCAGUGCCACUUUCCUGCUCACAGAGCCCGUGAUCAGUGCAAUGACCACUGGGGCUGCCACCCACGUCCUGACGUCGCAAGUCAAGUUUCUCUUGGGAAUGAAAAUGCCAUAUAUAUCUGGACCACUUGGAUUCUUUCAUAUUUAUGCUUAUGUCUUUGAAAACAUCAAGUCUGUCCGACUGGAAGCAUUGCUCUUAUCUUUGCUGAGCAUCGUGGUCCUUGUUCUUGUGAAGGAGCUGAAUGAACAGUUUAAAAUGAAAAUUAAAUUUGUUCUUCCUGUCGAUUUAGUUUUGAUUAUUGCUGCGUCAUUUGCUUGUUAUUGCACAAAUAUGGAAGAUACAUAUGGAUUGGAAGUAGUUGGUCAUAUUCCAAAAGGAAUUCCUCCACCUAGACCUCCCCGGAUGGACGUCCUCUCUGCAGUUAUCACUGAAGCUUUUGGAGUGGCACUUGUAGGCUAUGCAGCCUCACUGGCUCUUGCUCAAGGAUCUGCCAAAAAAUUUAAAUAUUCAGUUGAUGACAACCAGGAAUUUUUGGCCCAUGGCCUGAGCAAUGUGAUUUCUUCAUUUUUCUUCUGCAUACCAAGUGCUGCUGCCAUGGGAAGGACCGCGGGACUGUACAGCACGGGAGCAAAAACACAGGUGGCUUGUCUAACAUCUUGCAUUUUCGUCCUUAUAGUCAUCUAUGCCAUAGGACCUUUGCUUUACUGGCUGCCCAUGUGUGUUCUUGCAAGCAUUAUUGUGGUGGGACUGAAGGGAAUGCUAAUACAGUUCCGAGAUUUAAAAAAAUAUUGGAAUGUGGACAAAAUAGAUUGGGGGAUAUGGGUCAGUACAUAUAUAUUUACAAUAUGCUUUGCUGCCAAUGUGGGACUGCUAUUUGGAGUUGUCUGUACCGUAGCGAUAGUGAUAGGACGCUUCCCAAGAGCAAAGACUCUAAAUAUAAAAUACCUGAAAGAAAUGGAAUUUAAAGUGAAGACAGAAACAGACAGUGAAACACUGCAGCACGUGAAACUUAUCUCAAUAAACAACCCACUUGUUUUCCUAAAUGCAAAGAAAUUUCAUACAGAUUUAAUGAAUAUACUCCAAAAGGAAAAUGCCAGCAACCAGCUACUUGAUGAUAUCAGCAAGUGUGAACAAAACACGCUGCUCAAUUUAUCCAAUGGCAACUGCAACGAAGAAGCACCACAGUCCUGCCCUCUUGAGAAGUGUUCUUUAAUCCUGGAUUGCAGCGGCUUGACCUUUUUUGACUAUUCUGGGGUCUCCAUGCUUGUUGAGGUUUACAUGGAUUGUAAGGACAGGAGUGUGGAUGUAUUGCUCACUCAUUGCACAGCUUCCUUGAUAAAAGCAAUGCAGUAUUAUGGAAAUCUAGAUUCAGAUAAACCAAUUUUUUUUGAAUCUGUAUCUGCUGCAAUAAGUAACAUCCAUUCAAAUAAGAACUUGGGCAAACUCAGUGACCAAAGUGAAGUCUGAGAUCCUUUGGCUGCAGCAUAGCUUUUAUCUUCAGCAACUGCUCCACAGAGGCCCUAUGCCGGCAUUUUGCACAACAUUUUGUUGUUUAGAUCCUACAGGUGACCUCUGCUACACUAAGUAUGAUAUGACUUAGUAACUGCAUAGCUGUGGCUAAGAAUCUCCAUUUUUUCCUAAUAUUUGUUAAUAAGCAGAUUCACUUACUUAUUUUCUAUAAAAAUUGGUAUGUAUUUAGUUUUAGUGUACUGAAGUGUAAACAUAAUUUUAUUUCCUUUCCCACAGAAUUUUGUAUUGUUUUAAUUGUUUUGCUGUAAAUUGAUCGUGAAAUGGAGAAAUACUUUUGUCAUAAGAUAAUUGGAACAUUUAUAAGCCAUUUGUAAAACUUCAGGAUCAUCUGUAGCUAACACAUAAAAACAACUUAGCAAAUUUGAUUGGACUAAGCAGAGUAAAAUUCUAAGGAAAUUUUACCAACUACCAAAAACCAUUUAUACAUCAAUAAGGCUAAAUAUUACUUUAUAAAAUAAGAUGUGAAAGUCACAGAAAGUAAACAAAAACAAAUGGCAAGCUAGAAACUAUUGCCCUCCAUACUCUUCCAUAUAAUUAUUAAUUCCUGAAGUAUUCAGGAAUGUUUUCAUAAUCAGAAGAAUAUUGGCAUCUCAAUAAAACCAAGUUGUUGACAUUAGUUUGUUUUGCUGUGACUAUUGGAAGUGCUUGGGAUUAUCAGACCUGAUAGCUCUAAUUUUCAUAUUUCCACCAAAUAAGAGGCUUUGUUUGCUGGAGCCAGAAAAUGUGGAAAUUGCACAUUUUAUAUCUUUUCACUAAUAUGAUUUUUCAAUAAGAAUAUACAUUGAAUAGCAUGAAGCUAUUCCAGUGUAAGUUUAACUAUAGUAGUUUUUUAGACUUUCUUAUUAGAGACAGACAGUCAAUAUAAUAUCCUAUGUUUAUCUGUCUGUAUCCAUGUAGAUAGAUAGAUUUCUGUAGUCUAUUUUUCUUUUUCUUUUGCUAGAAGAGCGCUUGGUUGUAAUUAUCUGGAAGCCCACCAAACUGACAAACACAACAAGGCCAGGGUGAACUGGACACCGAGUUUCACUUUUUUAUGUGGUAAAUUGAUUUGCGUAAGAAGAAAUCUUCCUUUCAAAGAUAGUCAUGGAUACAUAAUUAUGCUUCAGCCUUAAUGGCCUUUUAACUGCCAGUGUAAGAAAAAAGCAAGGUACCUUAAAGUGAGUUUAAGAAACAGAUUGAAAAUCAAGUGAAAAGACCAGUUAUGAGGAGCUUUCACUGGCAUCUAUAAGAACAAAUUAUAGUGCCUGACAAAUGAUGGAUUGUAAUGGUCUUUAGCAAUUGUGUGGGAAACAUCCAUGUGGUCCUAAAUUUUAACAUUAAAUCCUAGGUAGGACAUGAUAAUAAUAAAGUGAAAGGGGAAUAUUGUUUCAAAUUCUCAUAACUUACCAAGCCAUUUCAAUUUUGAUUUAGACAAACUACCAAGAAUAGUUUUUGUUCUAAAAUUAUAUCCUCAAUCUCUUCAUCAGUAAUUUGGAUUAAAGUGAGUGGGCCAACUCACAUUCCCAGUAAAUACUACCCCAGGGAAAGGUGGAAGUGACGAAUGGAGGUAAAAUUUCCUUAGAGAGAACUUUUCCCUGCUUAGUCCAAUCAAAUUAUUCCAGUGGUGGAUGGUGGUAAUAUUCACCGUCUCUAAUCCCCUGAAAAAUAAACAUGAGUCAAAGAAAGGAAAAAAAAGAAAAUACAUUUUUCUAUGUAUAAAUUGAUAUUUUGCUAUGCAACCUUGGGACAUAACUGAAUUCAUGUAUUGCAAGCAUUUUCUGAUUUGUUAGAUUAUAGACCGUGGAUGACAUUAAAGUUUUUAUAGUUAUUGAUGGAUGAGUUCUUCUAUUUUAUUGCUAAAGCUGACACAGUAUUGUCUGAGCAGUUGCAUUUGAAUGCAUCUCAGUAUUUGUAGUAGAAGUUUAAUGGAUAUAACAUUUAAAGCCAGUAACUUGGGUGUCAAAUGUUAAUGCUGUCCUCAAAAUAAAAGAUCAAACCAUGCACCUUAUAAAGUCCUUUGUCCUAAGGCUUCUCCAGCACACCAGAGCCAUGACAACUUUUGGCCCGGCAGGAGUCCCUAGGACUAUUCCAAGAGUACAGGAGCAGAAUAUGAUGUUAAAAGUAUAAGAUUCUAAAACAUAAAUGUUCAUUUUAAAGUAGGCAACAACACCACAAAAACUACAGUAUGGUCCUAAUGCAAGAAUAUUUCUAGAGUAACACUGAAUUAUUUUUAUGAGAUCACCUUAUUUUUAUAUAUGCUUAACUACUUCCAUAAUACUUAUUAUGGUAACAUAAAAUCGGAAAAAAUUAAAACUGACCUAUGAGUGUUAAGGACCUAACAAAGUGACAUAUAUAAAUUAAGCAUAAAAUAUGUAACCAGGAAGACUGUUAACAUUACAUUUAUGCAAAUUAAAUGCCCUUAAAUUUCACCAUUUGUCUUUCAUUUUAAAGGUUAUUUGCCCCCGAUUAUAUGAUUCAAGUGUUAUAAAGUUUAGCUUGAACUACUCUGCAGUAAUUUAUUUGACAGAUAUGUAUUCUAUAAAUGCGUAAUGUAAUGAGGAAAGAGAUCUUUCUUUUUAAAUGCAAACAUUAAUGUGUUAAUACCCUGUAUGGAUAAUGCUUGACAUUUAGUGGUUACAAAAAUACAUUAGGAUGUUGCUGAACACACAGAUGCCUUAGAAAUGCACAUUCUGUAUUCUGGGGGAUGACGAUCUAAUUCAAUAUGGAAUAUGCUAUUUGGCAGUGAGUUUGUUGCCAGAUUUCAAAUAGAGAGUUAAGUGGUACUUUCACAAUCCAAAGAUUUUUAGUUAAAAAUCAUGUAGUCUUAUACGCUGCACUUAUUUUUUAUAUUUUUCAAUGCAUUUAAUUAUCUUUUUAUAAUUCUUUGUACUAACUCAGCAUGUAACAACCAAUUUACUUGGAAAUAAAUUGAAAUAUGAUAACUAUUAUGUUUAAA